UUCGGCGUCCUGGCCGGCGGGCGUCGGCUGCGUGCGGCCCGCGCGCUGUGAAGGCUCGCGGCCAACCGCUCCGUUGCCCGCCGCGGCCGGCGCACGCCGCAGUCCGGGAAGAUGGUGGGCCGCAACAGCGCCAUUGCCGCGGGCGUGUGCGGGGCCCUCUUCAUCGGCUACUGCAUCUACUUCGACCGCAAGAGGAGGAGUGACCCCAACUUCAAGAACAGGCUUCGCGAACGAAGAAAGAAACAGAAGCUUGCGAAGGAGAGAGCUGGGCUUUCCAAGUUACCUGAUCUUAAAGAUGCUGAAGCUGUCCAGAAAUUCUUCCUUGAGGAAAUACAGCUUGGUGAAGAAUUACUAGCUCAAGGUGAAUAUGAGAAGGGUGUGGACCAUCUGACAAAUGCCAUCGCUGUAUGUGGGCAGCCACAGCAGCUGCUGCAGGUGUUACAGCAGACUCUGCCGCCUCCAGUGUUCCAGAUGCUUCUGACCAAGCUUCCCACCAUUAGUCAGAGAAUUGUAAGUGCUCAGAGCUUGGCCGAAGAUGAUGUGGAAUGAGAAAUAACAGCAUAAUAAAGUCUCAGUUAAAAUGAUUUGCAAAUUCUUAACCUGGAAGUUGAGCAGCUCUGGGGGAGUCAUAUCUACCAAAGUUAGUCUGCUUUGUGUAGAUGUAUUUCAUUUUUAUUUAUUUUCCCGGUGAAGUGUAUUUUGAUAGAGAGCCUUUCCUUUAUAAAUACACUGCGUUAACAAAAUG